AUGGAGUCCCCGUCGCAGGUCGCUUCGUGCCAGCGGCCCGACCCUAUUGUGAAGCGCGUAUCCCGGGCGUGUCUGCACUGCCGACAGCGCAAGUCACGGUGUGACCUUGAUAGCAACGGCAAUCCUGGCAAGCCGCCAUGCCAGCGAUGUGUGCGCGAACACCGUGAAUGCGUCCUCGGCGGCUCUAAUCGGGGCGGACGCCGUAUCCGCAAAAACAAGAUCAAAAACUUUACCCCAACGAACCCAUCGCCUAGCAAGGAUUCCGAAGAGACCGCCAGCCCGACCAACUCGGAAGCGCGUCGUGCGCCAUCGGCCUCGUACCCCGGCCCCGUGGUUUUCCUUCCUCCCAAUCCUCCCGGCAAUGCGUCAGUGGCCGUCGAAGACGACGAUGCGUCAAUUGGCUCGGUGCCUCGAAAUCCUUCCGAUGCCUGGCAAUGCCUGACCGGCAUCGCCACCCAAGGUACAGGCCCGACCCCGGAAGUCCGUGCCGGCGACCAUGUGCGGUCGGAUUCGAUGUCGACAUAUAACGGCCUCCGCAACGGCGUUGUCUCCGACUUCAGUGCUCCGGCUAAUGGUAUUCGGGCUUAUCGUUUAGUCCAGUCGCGAUCUCUGGACCCGACCACGGUCUGGCAGCUGGUCUUGCGCUAUGCAGAAAGCUUCCACCCGUACCUGCCGCUGGUGCCGCGCAGAUAUUUCGAGCGCGCGGCGCUAGAUGACUUUGCUAACGAGAAACACCUGCUCACGGCUAUCCUCACAAUUGCGUCGAAGGACCUCGUGGACCGGCCCGAGAUUCACGAAUACUGCUCCAGGUACAUGCAUGAGCUGAUAUCAGGGAUUGCUGCCGGUGCAGACUGCGACGUGGAAGCUGUUGAGGCUCUGCUAUUGCUGGCUGAGUGGGAACCGCAAGGGCUGCGACCCCGGAUUGAGCGUGUUGGCCGCGGUGAGGAAGACCGCGCGGCGUGGAUGCAUGUCGGGCUCGCGCUGCGUUCAGGCUACUUCAUCGGACUAGAUCGAACUUCGUUCCGAGGAGAUCCAUAUGGCGACCAGGAAACCGAAGCUCGUCGCCGGCUAGCAUGGGCGAGUUGCUACGUCUCUGACCGAUUGAUCUCGGUUCGUAUUGGUCGUGCAUUCUGGUCGCGUGGACCAGGCCCGAUGACCGGUCUUGUUAGCCAGGAUUUCCCGUCCCUGCAACCGACCAACGAGGGAGAUGAGGAUUAUUCGAAGAUCUUUCAGGCUAUGUUAGAUCUGACUCAGCUUUACGGAAAUGUGCAUGAGGUUCUGUAUUCUGGGAUGCGCACCAGCAAUCAAAUGAUGCUGAUGGGAGAUUACGUCAAAUACGUGGAUGACUUUCGCCUCGCCAUCUUGCGAUGGAAAUCCCUUUGGGGACCUUUAGAUUGCUCACCACCCAUGCGAGCAACAUUGCAGCUAUCAUACGAAUAUCUGCGGCUAUACACAACCGCUUUCGCAUUUCAAGCUGCGAUCUCUCAAUCACUGGUGAAACCGAAGACUGAUGGCAGCUCUCACCGGGAACAGCUAAGGUCGACAUUUAAGAAUGUCGCUUCGAUGCAAGAUUCUCGGUUCAUUUAUGAAUCCGUCGAUGCAGCAAAGGCCUAUUUGACCAUUUUGGUUGACUCGGUGGACCCCGAGCGGCAUUUACAUUUUAUGCCCCUCCGGUUCUAUCUAUAUGGUAUUUACUCGGCCGUGUUCUUAUACAAAGCUCGGUCUUUUGGAAUGAUGCUUCCCUCUGAAGAAGCCAAAGUCCAGGGAUUAGUCGCUCGAACCACAGAAGUUCUCCGACAAGCGAGUGCUGGCCCUGAUGAUAUUGGAUCGCGCUACUCUCGUCUACUCGAACUCCUAUGGCGGUCCAAAUCAUCAAUGACCAGCACGUCUGCAGAGACACAGCCCAACAGCGACUUCACAUUACAGACAGCAUUGGCUAAUCCGGUUACGGACCAUGCUUACAUGGAUUUCAGCCCUGCCAACGAUUUCUCAUGGUUGGAUUUGGAAGCCGUCGGUGAUUAUGUGUCCGGGGACCAGAUCUCAGGGGGUCUGCUGGGCCUGGACACUUUGCAGAAUACCUCUGAUAUUUACCAGUCGGGACACGAUAGGGCACAGACCUGGCAAUCGUCAGCCUGGCUGGGCGAUAUGAGCAGCAACCUUCUAUUCUAG